AUGACGACGAUUCUCAACAACACAGACGGUGAGCCUUUGAAUGUGAUCAUUUCGGGCAACUCGGACAAGGCCGUGCUUAGUGAAGAUGGUUUUGCAAGCUACUACAGGUCAAUCGGCUUUGCUGUGGGAUCGUGUGGUGGCCUCUCGCUGAACGACGUGCAAAAGGCCAACUUGGGUGAUGGCAAUGGAGUCGUCAACCAGACCGGCAUUGCGCGUGAAGGACAGGGCGAAGGCUGCAAUGAAUCGUUUAAAGGCGGCAACCACUUCCGUUACUGGUUCCAAAACGGUACCAAGGCUGCCACGAAUGCGGUUUUCAUCGCGGCAUCCGUCGAAAUGCCAAUCAAGCAGAACCACAUGAUUGUAAAGAAUGGCUACGACCUCGGCCGCAACCAAUUGGUCGGCAAUGCGACGCAGGGCACGACUACAGACUCUGACACGGGUAAUCAAUUCCAGACGACGUCGGUCAAGAAUGAUACGUCGCUUCUGAGCGGCAUUUCCUCCAGCGACCUGAACCACAAUAUUGGAACGGAUGGAAAGGUUGCUAUCCUUCAAGUCAAGAUGGUCAAGAAGGGUUCUGGAUCUACGUCGUCUUCAAAAGACAACAGCCAGGCAGGGUUCGCUUCGUACAUUCCCCGCGCGCCCGUCAUGGCCGUCGCUGCUAUCGUUGCACUUGCACCGAUGACACUCGUUCUUUAA